AUGGUGGGGGAAUCUGAUACUACGGACUUGAAUGUCAAGGUUAAUGCGAUGACUGGAUCUGAUUUAUCGGUAACGUCCAAAAAUCAAGUUUUUUGUACAAAUAGCACGGCAGUAAAGCGAUUAGGUGAUUCUUCGUCUAAAGUUCACAUUAGCGAUCUUUCGAAGCCACCAGGAAGGUUAUCACCUGUGCGCAAAGGUCCUGCACGUCAGCUAACGCCAAAAAGGCUGGCAUCGCCGACCUGCUUGAAAGAUCAGAGUACGACAGAUUUUCGAGAUCGCUCACUGCCGCCAAACAGCAAUCGAUCAGAAGAAGAAGACAAGCACGCAACAAGCUUAAUAUUCACAACUUCACCAACGAAGUUGCUUUUCAGUUCCGACAAAAAAAUAGGAGGGGAUGGAUCCUUGAGCAAGUUGAGGUCCAGGUUUAGCAAUGGCCUGCUUUCACCACAGAGACUAUCCACGGUCCCGGGUAGCUCAAAAGAGGUGAAGGGGAAGAACUUACUCAGUAAGCUGCAAGACCAAGAAUACAAAUCGCCAAAAAAUGAGACAUCCACACAUACACAAAACAAUGAAACAAAGUCGCUAUCUCAAGAGGGCAGGGUCACAAAAAGCCAGCAGCAACGGAAGAAAACAGUCAAAUUCAAGGUCCCUGAUGCCGAAAAGGAUACAUUAAUCGAGACAGAAUUGGCAGAUUUGAAAAGCUUAUUGUUGCAAGUCCUUAAGCACCAAAAAGUGCUGGAGUCAAAAUUAAUUAAUUUAGAGAAUAAUUUGAACGAAAAGAAUGAGAAAUGA